GAAAGGAAUAUUUUUGAGAUGGGUAUACCAAGAAGAGGCUUCUUGGUGAGGAGGCAGCUGCUGCAGCUGGUUCUGUUUCAUGCUGUUUCAUGGGAAAUGGGGAGCGGCCUGCUCCAUUAUUCCGUGCUGGAAGAAUCCCAGCACGGCACCUUUGUGGGUCGUAUUGCCCAGGAUCUGGGAUUGGAGGUGGAUGAGCUGAUGCAUCGGAUGUUCCGGAUGGAAUCCCAAGGCCGUGGGAACUAUUUUGAGGUAAAUCUCCAGAAUGGAAUCUUGUUUGUUAAUUCCCGGAUAGACAGGGAGGAGUUAUGUGUCAAGAAUGCUGACUGUGCCGUUCACCUGGAGGUGAUUAUGGACAAACCCUUGAGGAUCUUCCAUGCAGAGGUGGAAAUUAAGGAUAUAAAUGACAAUCCUCCUAUAUUUUCAGCAGGAAAACAAACUCUAACCGUUGCAGAAUCAAUGCUUCCUGGGGCACAUUUCCCUCUGCAGGCAGCCACUGAUGCAGACAUUGGUUCUAACUCCCAGCGGAAAUACAAGCUUAAUUCCACAGAAUUUUUUGCUGUUGAAGAAAAGGUUAAUGACCAGCACAGUAUAUCGUUGGUACUUGUUUUAAACAAACCUCUGGACAGAGAAAAAAUAGCUGUGCAUCAUUUAUUACUUACAGCCACUGAUGGGGGUCAGCCAGAACUCACAGGCAGGGUCCAUCUUGAGAUCACCGUGAUAGAUGCAAAUGAUAAUGCGCCAGUGUUUAAUCAGCCUGUUUACAAGGUGAAAUUAUUUGAAAAUGUACCAGAUGGGACACUGGUUAUUCAUCCCAAUUCAACAGACUUAGAUGAGGGAAUUAAUCAGGAAAUCUCUUACUCCUUCACUAAUAAUGAUCCUUCUAAUAUAUUUACUAUUGAUUCUGAUACUGGUGAGAUAAAAGUGAAAGGAAAAGUAGAUUUUGAGGAGAAUAGUGUUUAUAGUAUUGAAAUCGAGGCAAAAGAUAAGGGAAGUCCUCCUUUAUCUGGACAUUGCACUAUCCUUAUUGAAAUUUUAGAUGUAAAUGACAAUGCCCCUGAGAUGUUGUUGAAGUCCAUGAUGGUGCCACUUCCAGAGGACUCCCCACCUGGGACGGUGGUGGCCUUGAUCAGCAUCUCGGACAAGGAUUCUGGGGCCAAUGGGCAAGUGAGCUGUUCUUUGUGGCCCCCUGGACUACCAUUCAAACUUGUGUCCACUUUCAGGAAUUACCACUCGCUGGUGCUGGCUGAGCCUCUGGAUCGAGAACAAGUAGCAGAGUUUGGACUUGUGGUGAUAGCCCAAGACCAAGGGGAUCCAUCACUGUCAGCAAGUAGCAGCUUGGUUCUUCCCAUCAGUGAUAUAAAUGACAAUGCACCUAUUUUCUCCCAGCCAUCGUACACAGUCUUUGUAAAGGAGAACAACCCACCUGGUGCUCAUAUCUUCACAGUGUCUGCCUCAGACCCAGAUGUGGCUGAGAAUGCCUUGGUCUCCUACUGGCUGGAUGAGAAGCUCUGGCCGUUAUCAAGCUACAUCUCAAUACACUCAGAAAGUGGGCGGGUCUAUGCUUUGCAGCCUUUGGACUAUGAAGAAUUGAAGAUGCUGGAGUUCUAUGUGAGGGCUAAGGAUGCUGGACUGCCCUCCUUGUGCAGCAAUGUCACAGUGCAGGUCUUUGUGGUGGAUGAGAAUGACAAUGCCCCAUCAGUGUUAGGGCCAAAGGGGGGGCCCAUCCCACUGAUGGUUCCCAUAAUGGCGGGGCAAAUAGUGGGCAAGAUCCAUGCCCUUGAUGCUGACUCAGCCUACAAUGCAUGGCUGCACUAUGAGCUGCAUGAAUUGUCCAGUGGGCCUUGGCAGGUAGGGCGCUACAGUGGUGAGAUCAGCACCACACGUGCCCUGGAUAAGGCAGAGGGCAGCAGCACCUAUGACCUGCUGGUGCUGGUGAAGGAUCAUGGCAAACAGCCACAGUCAGCAACAGCCACUUUAAGUGUCUCACUGAUGUUCACCUUACAGAUGAUCCAUGUUGAUGCCCAUCUUCCUGGGAUGGGAGGUAAUCCUGGAGCACUGGUCGACAAUGGCAAUGUGUAUCUAAUCAUAUCCAUAUGUGCAGUGUCUAGCUUAUUCCUGCUGGCAGUCAUAAUAUAUGUGGCACUGCGAUGCCAGAGCCAGGCCAAGGAAGCAAUGGUGUAUGGCCCUGGUACAGCCACGCUGGUGUGUGCCAGUGAAGUGGGCAGCUGGUCGUAUUCCAAUCGCCACAGCCACAUCCUGGCGGGGGUGAGUGGGGAGGCUUGUGCCAAAAAUGACCUCAUGGUCUUCAGCCCCAACAUACCCAUUUUUGCAGAGAAUGGAGAACUGAGGAAUGGAAAGCAACUACUUCCAGAUCCAUCUGGAGAGGUGAGUUCCAAGGGCUUUCCUUAG